AUGAUUUCAGUAACAAUUACAAUAACGUUAAUUUUACUACCUCUUUCUCUUUUUCAUGACUUCAAAAGCGAUGCAUUUCCUACAGUUUGUGCUAGACAAUGUCGCUGUUCAGUUUGCCCUAUGAUCGGAAUGCAACAACUGACAAAAAUGAAAUGUAACGCUAGCAGUCUCAAGAACAUCCAAGUUCCACAAAAUACCUGCUCGCUGUAAGUAUUAAAAGUUUAGGCAAAAACGUACAUGUAACUUCUUUCUUUUUUUAUUUCAGCUAUCCGUCGUUAACUACCAGCUUAUACUUUAAAUUCGAUCAGUGAGUGGGUUGGUUUUAUGAGUUCGCAAGCUAGCGUCGGUCUACUCUAUGAUGUUGAUAAUUAUUAAUGCUAACGUCUUGAACUGACUGAGGUAAUAUUCACAAGCCAGUCAAAAUAUUGCUACCGUGGGUUUGUCUGAGCCCGGCCCUCUUUAGCAAGUCGCUUACGCGCUCAGUAAUUCAGUCCCUCUAUGCCAAACGUCAAAACUGCGUCGAUAAGCAAUAAAAGGUUUCUCUGUAAGUGAAAUGAUAGCAUUAGUGCUAUGUCGCUUAAUACCUCGCACGUGUUUUAGCUUUCAUAAUAUUUACUUCUUUUAAAAUUUGUGUCAGUGCUUUCUCGGAAAAUGUUGGUUCUUUUCGUAACUGAUACCUAUUCACAGAAUUUUGCAUUUUUAAAGUUUACAGACACAGUUCCCAAUUUUGGGGGGAAAAUAAAAAAGAAAGGAAGAAAUUAUGAAGUAAACUGAGAUUUUUAUUCUUUAUAAUCAUUCCAUACUCUUCUUCAUGCUAGAAGGAUAAAAACGGAAUUUUCAGUUGUUUCGUCAAUCAAAUGCGGAGUAUCUAAUGUAUUACAUAACUGAAGUAAUUGAUCCGUGAAUUUUUAGCGAUUUUUUAGGUCUUCCUGUGAUUAAAAAUAGAUUUGCAAUGUAAGAAAGCGAUUUUUUUUCUUUUUUUUACAUUUGAUGAUGGAAGUUGAUAUAUAUCGACUGUGAAAAAUCGUUACAAAUAAAGAAGGGAAAAAUUUAGGGAAUUGGGUGAAAAAUAUAUUGUCGUUUUUAAGGGAUAAGCUUAAACUACUUGAACUUUGUAUCUUUUGCGGUAAAAAAGAAACACAAAAAGAGUGUUAGGGUAGCAAUAUCAACUUUUUUGGCAAAGUAGAGUUUUACCGUACAACAAGAAAAAAAAAAAAAAAAAACGGGAAAAAAAAAAAGCCGACGGCUAAAGCACUUCGCUUAUUACCAGGGCGAUCUCGGUUUUUACUUGUGUGUUAAAAAUUUAUGUGAUUGGUAAUAACGGAAAUCCUUAUUUUCAAGAAGAAUACCUCUAUAAAAUAAAACAAAAAUUAUAAGCUUAUUGCGUAUAUUUUAAGGAUGUGUUGUAAUAAGAAAGCAUGAUCAGAAUGAACAUGCUUUUAGUGUAACUUUCCAAGGUUAAUAUUUAAUAGUCCUUUUCCUUCUGAAUUCAAUGAUUUCGAAUUUAGCCGAUAAUACUGUUACUAACAACCUCUGCCGUAGAGGAAACAUGUUAAGUUGAUCCAUAAACCAGACCCGGCCCAGUAAGUCAAAAGGUCAGUCAAUUAAGUAUGUAACAGUGCAAAAACUACAUUUUUCCUAUUUACUUUUUAACGUUAUUCAGCGCAAUGUCUUAAGUUUAAUAAAAAAACGAAACUCACUGUGGCUUCGAAAUUAAAACGAAUGUGAAUGUUUAAACUUGGUGUCUGUAUUUGUUCCAAUUAAAUCCUACCAAUCAAUAUUAUCUUUAAUUUUUUUCUGUAAAUAUAAGAAAAUUCAUCAUUGAUUGGGAAUUUUUAUAUUUCAAAUAAAUAUUUUCUUUUAAAGACUUUAAUUUAGACGAGUAAUUUACAGUGUAAAUUAUAGCUUCAGUAUAACCAAAACGGAAAGCACAGAAGAAGACCGGCGUAGACAUUCCGACUACAACAAGUUAAGGUGAUUAACUAAACAAAAAAACUUCAUUAUUGGCACAAGCAUUGUAUUUGCUUUCGAAUUAAAAGCAGAUUAUUAGACUUUGAAGAAAUGUUAGCUACUGUUGUUCACGAAAAUAUGAAACUUGGAGACAACACCCCUGAAUAAUGAGACUCUCACUUGUAAACACGAAAAAAAAAAUAGCGAAUUGUAACUCAAAUUUUACCGCCUUACAAGUUAUCAAUAAUCUCGAGACUCGAAAGUCAGAUAAAACGACGGUCAAUCUCGAGAACCUCAAUUUUCUUUAAAAACAUCUAUCUAGCGGUUUCAAAAUUAUUCGCUUAUUUGUUUAAAUGGACCAAAAUGUUUACAAAACCGCUUACAAGAGGGGCGAUGCCGCACCUAUUUGAAAGAUUGUUUUUGAUUAGCUGGAAAAACAAUAGGCAUGGUCACAUAACAAUGCCCCUAUCCCUGAAAACAAUGGAAGUGCUGAUAGAUUAAGGGGGUGCAGUGAAAUAAGAGGUUUAGGACGGUGCAGGUCUACUGCCUGAAUACAUGCUAAUUAAAUCCUCCUCUCUAGCCCUCAGCCAGAGCUAUAAUUAUAUCUCCAUGAUCUUUCACACAAGUUUUUAAAAAUUCCUGUUUUCCGUUUAACAACGUCAAACUGCGUUUUGGGUCACGUUCUCCCGGAAGAGCUUCAUCAGACACAAAUAGAAUCAGAUUUACGGGCAAACGUCAAAUUGUACCACGUGAUAAAGUUUUCCCUUUAUUUAUCGUCUACUGUUUAUUACAUCUACUAAAAAUAAGUUGUUCCAUAUUUCAGGUUUACGCAAAUUAUUUUGGACAGUUUUGAAUCGGAGAAAUUGUGAACUUUAUCUCGUGUUAGUUGUUGCCGUGAACGUGAUUCUAAUUCUUUCUAUUACCAAGACCAUUGACCGGUAAAGCCUAAGAGGGCGACGACGCCGUACAGGGAUUAGGAAAAGUUGCAAUAUUUGUUUGAUCAACAAAUGUUGAAAAAUAUGUUACUGGGUAUGAAUCAGCUUAUACAGUAUUGUACUUCCAAUGGGUAAAAACUUACUUAUAAUAAAUCGUGUACUUAGAUCGAUUUGUCAAAGCUGCAACAUUGUUUUGAUCAACAAAAGUUGAAAAAUGUCCCUGGGUAUGAAUCAGCUUAUGCAUAAUUGUACUUCCAAUGGAUAAAACUUACUCGUAAUAAACUGUAUACUUAGAUCAAUUUGUCACACAAUGUUCCAAGAUCGCUUAAUUUAAGACUUUUCUUAAUUUUGUUGUACGUUUUUGCCUUUUUAAAUUCUUCUUCAGGGUACUUUCAGGUAGCAAAGUGUCUGUACUGGAGAAGAGGGUGUUGCGGUCGUUUAACGGGAUUCUUUCUUUGUAAGUAAAAAGAUAUCAAAUAUCAAUCUUCCUGAGCCCGUGGCCACAAUCUCCACUUUUUCGUAGAAUCACAAUCUGAUUAGCAUUGCUAGUUCAUCAAAAAAAAAUGGAAAUGAUGUCUUUAUUGUUACAAACAAUUAAGGGUAUAUCGGGGUUUUGUGGGGGGAGUGAAAUUAAUGCGAUACUAUGAGAGAACAGAUAAUGAGGUGGACUACAUGGCAGCUUGGUUUUAAAGUGGAUAGAGUUCCGCGAUUUGCCAAACUUAUUUCCAGGCCCAAAUAAAAUCGUCGUCAGGAUUCAAAAGCAAAGCGAAUUCAAGACGACUUGAUAUAUACAGGGUUGCAUACAAGGCAUGAUCAUGACGCCCCUCGUAUGAAAUAAUCCUCUAGGCACCCACACCCUCCGACCACCCCUAACACGAUGCUGAAAACGCCUUUUUGCCGAUCGUAAUGGUGAUGUCUCAAUGCAGACCACCAUACUUUUGAGACUGCGACCCUGUGUAAGAAAAGGAAUAAAGGGGGAGUUAUGUUCCUAUCAACUGGUGAAAAUUACACACCAGGUUAGUCAAUGAGUAAAGGUGUAGCUGUAUAUCGUCAAAGGUUUGCCUUCCCAUUGCUUUCCCGUGAAGAACAAGGCAUCAUAACAUAUAGAGUAUGUGAAGACGAUUUGUACCUUAUACACUGUAAACGAUUUUAGCACAAAAUUGUCACCAAACGUUAUACAUUUUCUUUCCCUAGAGAUUUGUCGUUUAACGAGAUAACUAUGAUUCCAAGAAGAGUAUUCUUCGAUGUGAAGAGCUUAAAAAUCUUGUAAGUUAUAUACAUUUGUCUUUUAAUCAGAAGCUGACAUUUACCUAUUCAAUUGAUUGAAAGUGAAAUAAAACACGUAAAAUCAGAUUUUUAUUCAAUGAAAGCUUUCAUUACUUUAAUUUUGUCUUGCGUUUAUUUCAUGUCGUAUUUGCUUCACUUUAAAUUUUAUCCGUUAUCCUUAACAUCGAAUCAUUGGCGGCUUUUAAGGGACAUGUCAAGACAUAUCUUUUUAAAUGAGAUUUUAUGCUUUAUUUUCAUUUUAUUUAUGUUUCUUUUGUUAUUAGUAUUUUUGCCUUUUUUUAUCUAUCAUAGAUUCAUUUUAGAAAUUUUAACUAGUAUGUAGACAAUGUAAAGCGCUUUUGGUCAUGUAUGUGUUAAAAGGGGCUAUUUAAAGAGAAAGCUAGGAAACGUUUUCCGCGUUUGCAUAGCCUGAUAUAAAUACGAGAGGGGUUGGAAUUGGAGACAGCUAUGCAAACCUGAGGCGAAGUCUAUAUCAGGCUAUUUAAAUAUAGAAAAAAGUUUUCUAUUGCUUUUAUAAAUUAACUUUCCGGAGAAAAAACAAAGUUUUGUACACGCGUAAUCAGUUCUUGUUUUGCAAAAAAUAUGCUUUCCAAAAUACGGAUUUUUCUAGUUUAAAAUGUCAGCUUAAGUGAGAAAAAAAUUGACACAGCAUGUUUGUGAAGGUUUUCAAAGUUUCAGCCGACGAGUGAAUAAGCAAAUAAAGUAAACUAGUCGAGUUUUCACUUCAAAACCUUUUCCAAUUUAUGCUUGCGUGAUUAGUGGGUGAAAAGCAAAUCAUCUUGACGAAGCAACCAUGUUUACAUACUCUAAUGCAAAUACGCCUCUCGACCAAUCAGAGCGCGCAAACCAUGUUAGUUAUUCUAUAAGCAAAUUAUCAUUAUUAUUAUUAUCAUUGUUAUUCAAUUUUUUAUUAUUAUUUUGCUCUAGGUACCUGAACAAAAACUUGAUUUCUACUAUUCACCGGGAUGGGCUCACGUGGAUGAAGCAGCUGCAAUAUCUGUAAUUGUCUUAAAUGCUGUGAAAAGUAAAUUAAUACUAGAACAAAUAAACAAACGAAGGCACAAACGAAAGGGUUGAAUAACUGAAGGAAAAGAGAGAGUGAAUGACUCAUAUAAGAUUGAAACGUCUCAAGAAAAAUGUAACGAGCGAGUGUGAGUGAGUGUGUGAAUAAACGAAUAAAUGAAUUCAUUUAAAUGAAUGAACAAAAUUAUUUUAAUUAAAUUAAAUAGUUUAUGAACAGUUUGAAAAAAAAAGUGAAAGGAAAGGAUCCCCAGAUUUCAUGACUUGUAUCUUCUUUGUUUCUACAGGGACAUGUCCUUCAACUUGAUAGCCAAACUGCCACAGAAAGUGUUUAAUGGGUUGCGCUCAGUGAGAACACUGUAAGCUACAUUACGUCCUGCUUAAUGCAUUUACUCUUGCAAUAUUAACCGCCAUGAACGCACUAAAAAUAAAGGACCUCUAAGCAAACUCGAGAACAUUAAAAAUACUGAUUUGCAAAGCUGAGGUUUUUCAGGAAAAUCCAAGAUGGCAGCCAAUUUGUAUGACGUCAGACGUCACAGUCCUUGGACGGUCAAUGUAUGAAAUAUAAUUCAAAUGCGUGACCAAUAAAAUGUUGAUUUGUGCUACUCAACAUUUUUUUUUUUUCAGAAAUAUAAGCUUCAAUAUCUUAAAGGGGUUAACUGGCAACAUGACGUUUAGGGGUCUUCCCUCAUUGACUGAGCUGUAAGUUAAUUUGUAUUGUCAGUGCAAUAAUCUUUGUUAUUAUUCAUUCAAAAUAUUUCCCCUAUUCUGAUUGGCUAAAAGCACACGUUUAAUUCAUCAUAACCAGUUACUGAUGACCAAAUUUGGAAGAAUUUUGACUUUAACGAGGAAAUGAUGUCAAAAAUGCAGCGUUAGCGCGGAUUAAGGCACCGUUAACCGAGAAGGCCUGGGGCGAGGUUGAGUUGUUUUGGUUGUGAACUUGAAAAAAUGGCGGACAUUUCACUCGUUUCAAGAGUAAGAACUAGGCGAAAAAAUAGCUAAAAACAUGGCAAGAACAGCAAGAAGACAACUCGAAUGGCGACAUCUGCUAUUUGGAGAAUAUUUGCGGAGCUGGACAAACCUAAACGUACACUAUCGAAGACGAACUGAACAUCGAUGGAGGUAAGCAUGUUUUAGCUAUGUUUUUAAACUAGGAAUUAUUUUGAAUGAAUAAUAAAACAGUUAUUGAAUUCGGCUUUCGUAUCACAUGAAGAAUUAGGGAGAUCUCAGAGGGUGUUAUCCACCUCGGCCUACGGCCUCGACGGAUAACACCCUCCUCGAUCUCCAUAAUUCUUCAUAAGAUACUCAGCCUCAUUCAUUAACUGUUAAUUAUUUCGUAUUACAAGUUGUAAAGUAGGCUCUUUCGACGAUCGAGUCAUGGUCUAAUCAUUGUAAUCAUAACAAUCAAAUGUUGACGACUCCGUGAAAUCCAAAGCAAAUUCGAACACGGGCAUGAGCCGCACCUUUUUGAUAAAAUCAAAGACCACCCCCCAUUACGUCGUUUACGCCCUCCAGUAACCGCCAUGCCCACAUGGGAAUAAAUUUCCAUCAACCAAUCGAUAAAAAGAGCACCGUUUUGGGCCCGUUUGAACCUUUUAAAUGACCGAAGAAAUCUGUUGCAAGGUCGCAUCGAUGUGAAAUAAUGGUAGUUAGGUUUGAAAAAAAAAAAUCACGUGUUGGUGGGUUAAACUUGCAAGAACUGAUAAGUAAUGGUAUAGGUCCCUUGGCAUUUAACUCUCCAUUUGAUAACCUUGCAUGUUAAGAUCCAAGUUUAAAAUGAUUGAUUUUUUUUCUCGCUCAAACUUACAAAUCGUAUCCUAUGCAGCUAAGUGGCUGCCAGGUGUUAGGAUUCCAGUAGUUUGAAGUAUGCUUAUUGGUGGUCCUUCUUUGUUUCGGGCAGUGAUCUAAGCCAUAACGGACUGGAAAAUCUCACCAAUGACGUGUUUCGCGGUCUAAUGUCCUUAAAAACUUUGUAAGUGAUACUGUAUUUGACUUUUGUUUACAACUUCUUAAAAUAAAUUAAAUUGGAUGAGUAGUGUAUAAUUGUUUGCUUAUUUCUGUGCUUGAUUGAUUGAUUAAUUGAUUGAUUGACUGAUUGAUUGAUUGAUUGACUGACUGAUUAGUGGAUUGUUUAAUUGGUUGAUUUGUUGAUUGAUUGACUGUUUGAUUGAUUGAUUAAUUGCCUGAUUGUUUGAUUGAUUGAUUGAUCGAUUGAUUGACUGAUUGAAGGAUAACUGAGUGAUUAAUAGACUCCUAUAUUCAUUAAAUGGCUGCUAACAAACUAAUCACCACUUUCUCUGGCUGUGUUGCCGGCCGGCUGUCAACCGAGACUAGCUUCAAUUGCUGAUAUACUGAUUGUCUGGCUAACGGCUCUGCCUCCUAAGCUCUUACCUUUUGCCUAUUGACAUUUAUUAAUGGAUUGCAAAUUUACGGCCAUUGAUGGCCGAAUGACUGACUAAGGAACCAUGUAACUAAUUAAGGUGGCUGAACACAGUUUUGCGGGCGGUCAGCGGUAGCGUGUGUUUUAAAUUAGACAAACAAACAUGGCGGCGAAAAAGGCAAUGGUACACAGAAGACGAUUUCUCAAAAUCUUCUUAUUAAAAUUUUGUGAUAUUUGGCAAAAUUUUUACUUUUACCGUAUUUCAAAAAAAUAAUGAGAACUUUAAAAUGGAAGUUGAACAGACGAAUCUUGUGACACAUUUAAUAAUUACAGUAUAAUUAUAUUAUUGAUUAUCUAAAAAACCCGUCUGUUAAAAUUUGGUCAAGUAAGUUUCAAAUGGUAAUGAUUAAUUAUCGUAAGCUGUGUGCAAGUUUAUAGGAAAAUGUAAUGAACAAAUUUUAUGUAAACUGAGCAAAUGUUAAAUUUUAAGGUUGUAUUCAAUCGUUUAUGUGGCUAUGGAAACUACGAAAACGUCAAAUUUUACCUGUCAAUCAAAAUCUUUCAACAGGAUAUUUUUCACUUGCCAAGUUUCAGCUUUCAAGCUAAAACCUUUCUCUUGGCAUGAUUUGGCGAAUGACAUACACUCAAAAACUGCCAAAACAGUGUUCAGCCACCUUAAUUGAGCAUACUUGUUGUUUUCAGUACAUUUAUUAUUUCUUUAGAUACUUACAACACAAUAAUAUAACAAGCAUUCAAGACGAGGCGUUUUCUGUCCUUCGCACCAUUGAAAAUUUGUAAGUGAUGAUGUGGGGCUUAGAUAAGCAAAUGCAGAUUGCUGAUUUCUGGCACAUUUACUGACUAAAUCUCCAUCCCACCACCCCCGAUUGAAUGUUACAUCACUAACCACAAAAAAAGAUUUAUUGCAUUGCAAGACACAUGAUAUCUCAUUUCCUUGCUUUUAACUAGGAAUGCAACCAAUGAAUAAGCCAAAAAAGAAAUUGCCCUCUGCGAUAUUCAGGGAAAUAAAGCGACGCCACCGUUCCCGGCAUCGUAGCUAAAACUAGGGGAACUGGAAUUAUGCUUAAACACUAUGAGCUACUAUACUUAACCAAAAAGAAAAAUUAUGAAACAGUUCCUGAAUUCAUUUAUUAUUAUUAUUAUUAUUAUUAUUAUUAUUUUCAAUCUUGACAAAUCCUACAGAAAAGAAGAAAACAAAAAAGGGAGAAAAAGAAAAAGGCUAAAAUUUCCUGAGACUUUUAAAAUAUCGUAUAUAGAUAUUUAAAGGAUUUUGAAGAAAUGAAAGACAUGUCUUGAGGAAACCAAAUUGAGCAGUUUAAGCGAAGAAAGCCUGAAGCCUUCAGGCUUUCUCUUUUUGAAAGAGAAAAAACUGAUGCAGACAAAUUAAAGAAAAACAGAUAGUACCAAAAAGCAAAUAAAGGGCAGUAUACUAAUUAAUUGACGGUCAUUUAUAUUCAAGUUGCCAAAAUAAGUGAGAUUGAGAAUGAACCAAAUAAAAUGCUAAUCAUAAAAGGAGUCUAUAUCACAAAAUACCUCCAAAUGAAUUUUUAUAUAAGGUGUCUUAACUUUGAACUUAUUUUUCAGAGAUAUGUCUUUUAACUUGAUAACAGCUCUCCCAAAAGGAACAUUUUUGGGUCUUAAGUCAAUGAAGACAUUGUAAGUUGUCUUUAAGUUAUUUUUGUGCCUUAUGCCAAUAAAAUAUCAAUAGAAAGGCUAUAAGGCUCUUUCUAUCAAAAACUACACGAAACGGAGUAAAUAUUCUACACUUCAGCCUCAAAACGAGUAACCAGGAUACCAACAACAACAAUAGAUUUAUACAAUGCAUAUAUUUGAUGAGGCAUCUUCUGCUUAUGGUUAGAACGAAUAUUGCUUCAUGCUUUAUCAUAAUAUGAAAAAGAGUACACUUAUAACCACAAAAAAUGUACAUUUUGCAGAAAUAUCAGCUACAAUGCCAUACAAGUCUUACGAGGAAACCUGUCAUUCAAGGGCCUUCAAUCUCUGAAUAAAUUGUAAGCUUCUGUAAUAUUUGUUUUCUUUCUUGGUUUUGUUAAGAAAAUGCAAUUUUAAUAUUAACAGUGAACUUUUUCUUCGGAGCAAUGGACCCAAAACACAGAAAUGAACACAUACAGAACCGAGCAGAAAGACGCAAAUAGAUGUAAUCAAAAAGUGAAACGUUAAAACUCGGUUUCUUGCUUGUACCGUAGAAGUUCAGUCUAAUUCUUUUUCUAAUUCUUCGUUUUAGAAGCUAAAUGACGAGAAAUGAAAGGUGUUUUUGUUUUCAAUCCGACACGACACUAACAUCGAUAUCACACUCACUUUUCGACCUAAGGAUGUUGUUAACCCAUGUAAACAGGAUGAAGUAGUUUAUAAGGUUCCUUGGUAAUGCGGCAAAGCAUAUAUUAGCGAAACAGGAACAGUUUAUGUAGCAUGACAGGAACGUACGGUUUUCAAGAGCUCGAACCUCAAAGUUGAGAUUCCAGAAGCGACAAUACCUACGAUCAGACGACACAACGGCUGAUCACUGACAUUGCUAACACAGUGGACCACAACCGAGGUUUGUGAUCCACCAAUCACUACAAGCAACCAUGGUGGUACUGAUAAUCUCCCUAAAGAAGACCAGCUGCAGUACGGGGUCGAAACGCUAACAUGCAUAAGGACUCUAGCCUGAAACAACAGCCGACAUUUCGAGACGCCAUCACUGGUUUUUCCAGGCUUCAUUUCGAGGGAAACCAGUGGUUAUACAAGUUUUUGGCUGUUCCUUUAGGCUACAGAGAUCUUACGAUACACCCAUAGCUGUAGCUAGCGGAAGACUGGGGGAGCAGCUACCAGACAAAUCAAGUCUCUGGAUGGAUAUGUUUUCUUUAAACUCAGUUAUUUUGAUUGUAGUGACUUGCAAUUGUUUGCCAUUUUCAUAUUCGAGGUCUAUUUUGCCAUUAUUCACUUGGACAAUCUUAAUUUCCCUUCAUUUAACUACAUAGCAGACAGGUUAGCCUAACCUUACCCGAAGGCAGAAACGAAUGAAAUGAAUCGUAAGAUCCCCCAUACAAUCGUGACACAAACGAGAAACUAAUCUAUCAUAAACAUACAUGAUGAAUAAAAUCUUGCAUCAGGCAAGACAGUCUAGUUGUUUGCUUGGACAUACACGCAAAGUCAUACCCGAGCCGUGGUACAAGGGGAGGGGGGUUGAUAGAGCCCACCCCCCUUGAGUUUUUGAUAUGUUGCUAUAUUUAAAAACGAUUUUGCCUUCAGUGGAAAGCCUUUGAUCUUCUCUAAAAUUAUGAGGUCUAUUUUAUGGGCUGGUGGCGCCGCUAGAGGUCUGUAACGUUACCAAGCAUGGUCGCCAUCUUGGCCGCCAUCUUAGAUUUUAUCAAGAAUUAGAAAUUAAGUAAAAACAGUAAGAAUUGAUAAUUUUUUGCGCUCAACAUGUAAAAUAACAUAUCAAUAAGUACUUUGCAUCAUUUUAUCCACAAGUUUACUUUUAUUCCUGAAAUAAGUUGAAAAAACAUGCAAUAUCACUCAAAAAUGGCUUGAUCACCUGCUACUUAUGAGGUCAUAUCUCGAAAUCAUAGUAACUGACCACCACUAAACUUGCCUCAAAAUGUGCGAGAGGGAUAAACGAACAGCUACAGAAAAAGCCAGGAGCUGAUGUUUUAUCUUCUGGGAAAAAAAUCCGAAAAACGCUAUGCUCGUCCGAGAUUCAUGUUUCAACAUAGCAUCAUUUCUUGUGGACUGUGAUCUAGAUCAAGAUCAGCAAAUUUGCUGUUGUUUUUUCAGGGAUCUACGUAACAAUGGACUGAAAACUCUGACCAACAACAUGUUUCGUGGCAUGCAAUCCUUGAAGUCUUUGUAAGUAAUAAAACCCCUGAUGUCUGUUUGUCACUAUGGUUACCAAAGAAAGACUGAACUUCAUUUUUAGUAGCCCGCUGACUGACGACGAAUUCCCUGCUAGAAGAGGUCUCUUUUCCCUGAUAUUCGCUGUAUGACUCCCACCCGCCGAAUACCGGGGAAAAGAGCCCUCUGCAGCUAACUGAGCAGGGACGACGACGAAGUAGUAAGUCUAUUGUUUAGCGGCAACAUUUAUUGAUUGAUUGAGCUACAAAGUAACUUGAUUAUUGUAUAAAGUUUGAUCCUUUUGAUUGAUCUAAUGUGUUUUUUUGUCCUGUUCUCGUUCGUCCUAGCUCUUUAUGUUUCGAACGCCUUUUCGUUUUCUUCUUUCAGAUACUUACAGCAUAACAACAUUACCGUCGUAGAAACAAAAGCAUUCCAUGGGUUCCUUGUCCUCGAAAUUCUGUAAGUUAAAGAAACACUUCUGCAACAACCACGGUAUUAAAUAAUAACAGUAUUGAUGUUAAAAUUUAGCAAUUAUUGUAUGAGGCAGAGCUAGUAUGACUAGUAUCAUCUGAACAAUUAUACAGAUCGCUCAAGGAGGGUGUUAUCGCGUUUGAACGCCUCGGCCUUCGCGCUCGGCGGAUAACGCUCUCCUUUGCCGGAUAUGAAUUCUUCAUAUCAUAACCAGCCUCACCCAACUAUUGCUUAGUAUGUGAUACGUAAACGUUUAAAUCAGCCUGCCAACUAAGAAAAUGAUGACGUCUUAACUCUUUCUCGGCCGUAUGAUGUCCUACACAUUGUUGAUUCGAAAAACUGUGGAUCACUUGGCGAAACGCCUACACUAAAGAAUCACAUACAAAUGCAUCAUGUGGAGUCUGUAUACUUUAUUUUUUUCAAGAAGGCACCUAAUUAAAAGGGAGGUUAUUAAGUAAAGUAAGCAUGCAAGGCCGGUAGUUUCUGCCCAAAUUUUUAGUACAUAAGAGAGAAAAACAACAUUUAGAAAUACAAAUUUGGUAGUGUCUAUAGGAAUAUUUAUUUAAAAGGAUCGAAGUGCCUCUACGAGCGUCUCUAAAAACGCCGUCAGUUUACUUAAACUCCCUACGACACGCCAAGGGCUAAGGCGUUGACGCACAGCCAAACUAACUGGGCGUUCCAUGUUGGGAUGUGAUAUUCGUGUUAUAUAAUUAUAAGGCUCUCAUUACGGUUUAUGUUUGCUUUUUAUAGUGACCUGAGCAAUAACAAGAUUGUCACACUGUCCUAUCAGGUGUUCAAUAUUCUUUUUAAUAUGAAACAAGUGUAAGUAAAAUGUUAUUGCUGUGGCCUGACUAAUUUCAUGGCAAAUAGAUUUUUGUAGAGCUUAUACCAGUAAGAUGGAAAAUUUGAAAAUAAAAUGAAUUGUAAAAUUUGCCAAAAUGCUCCAAGCGGCAGUGACCAACUUAUGUAAGGCGCAAGGGAAUUAUCAGUAUGCAUGUAAAAUGACGUGGGUUCAUCAUUAGUAAGAGUUUAAGGACAGGAUUUUUGUUUGUUUUUCAGUUAUCUAGUUAGUUAGUUAGUUUAAGUUAUUUAGUUUGUUUUUUUGUUUUUUGUUAUAUUUUUUUCUACCCUGGUUUUUCCUGGUCAAUGCCCAAUUAAAGGAAUAUCAUAGCGUACAUUUUAAUCAGUUACCUAGUGUCGUACAUGCAUACAGGGUAUACCAUGAUAAUUUCGUUCAGUUCUCAUAAAUAGGAUCAGGGUUUCAAACCAUAAAGUACCCCAAGGAGGUAACGUGGUACGAGUACCCACCACUUAAGUAAACGUUGACCUUUUACCUGCACCCUAUACCGCUGAGAAGAGGAGGUUAAAAAGCAUAUUAUAUAGAGGAUACUUCAUGGAAAGUGCGGGCGUACGGUAUUUACGCACGAGUUGUUGACGUAUCAGAAAUCGAACGAGUGAACGCAGCAAACGAGUGAGGUUUCUGAUACGUCAACAACUCGUGCGUUAAUACCGUACAACGCACUUUCCAUGUCGUAUUGUGUUCAUUAUAUACAUAUUAAGACAUUCAUAAUUUUGCCAGCCUUUUAAAUCAGAUCCUUCCAGCAUCCUAAAAUGCCAAAAUAUGCCUCUACACUCCAUGAACUGCCAACGAAGCAACUUAAGCUUAUUUUAGUAUUAAAGAACGCUCGGUAAAAAUUAUGAGGAUAUUAAAUAGUCCAGGAAAUACAAGUAAUAUUAAGACGGAAUCCACCAGGAAAUUGAGUAAUUUUAGUUUUUAGUGGACAAAAACCUUGCACCAGAAUAACUUAAAGCAUAUUGCAUUCUUUUUUACAUUUUUCAAAGAUGUAAUUAGUCAUCUGUAACAACACCAAAGAAAAUUUCUCAUGGGAGCGCGAGAAAAUAAAUGGCAAAAAAAAAAAAUAAAUAAAUGGCAAAUUUCACAAAAUUUCGUCUGAAAUUUUCAGAAUUUUACCUGUGUUUUCACGAUUCUCGUGAAAUUUGACAUUCAUUUUCUCGGACUCCCUUGAGAAAUUUUCUUUGCUGACUAAUUACAUGUUUAGCCCUUGAAAAGUGUAAGAAAAGAGAUGCAAUAUUCUUCAAUAAAAUAUCCUGGAACAAGGUUUUUGUCCACUGAAAGUUAAAAUUACUCAAUUUCCUGGUGGAUUCCGUCUUAACUUGUUUCUGAAUGUACAAAUAAAAAUGAACGAUUUUGAGUAAAUUGACCGGUUUGAAUAUAUAUAAACAGCCAUAAGCUUAGCUCCGAUAAAAAGUUCAAGUACAACCUUACUUCUCGUUCUGUUUUUUCCCCUUUAGACUCCCUUUUGCCGUUGUUUUGCCAGCUCUUUUCAAUUUUCUUCAUCGAUAGUGAAAUAUACAAAACUAUUCCAAUACAAUUUCCGCGAUUUUUUUUCGCCUAAAAAAGGCGGGCCCCGUAAAACUCACACACCUCUAAGGCUUUUCAUUGGACGUAUCAUUUUUCUCACACGUGAAAAAACACCGUUCGCGAUUCUGAUUGGACGUAUCGCUUUUUUCAAGUGUGAAAAGCAUCUUUCGCUCCUCUGAUUGGCUAGAACUCAUUUGCGUAUGAAAUUUACGUCAUAGCUGUUCAGUGAGUAUAUCUCAAUACACUUAUUAAAGUCAGAUCCCGAGGGAAACAGUUAGUUUUGUUUUCCCGAGAGUCCUGAUGUUUCCCGAGACGAAUUCUAGGGAAACAUCAGCACUCGAGGGAAAACAAAACUAACUGGUUUCCCGAGGGACGUGAAAUUAAGUGUUUUGUUAUAUUUCUAGACUUUCACUGCAACAUACUUCAACAGCCACAAAAGAAUACGCUUAGCGGAGCGAAUCAAAACAGUGGACUCGUUACUUAUAAGAACACAAAUUUAAUUCUCAAAACCACUGAAUGAAUGGUUUACAAAGUACUUUCCUUGUUUACGUUUUUCCCGCCUUCUGUUAGGCCACUUUCCACCAUGCUUUGAUCACGUGUGGUAAUGUAUCCCGAGCGGGGUACAUUUCUUAAUGUAUCACAAUCGGAAUACAUUUGAUUUUCGUCAAGGCCACGUGACCAAGAAUCAGCCAAAGGCUGUCCCUAUUUAGUUGAGUGAAAGUUUAGGAAUGAAACAAGGGGUUUAUUGUCUUCUUUCUAUCAUUUCUCCUAAAAAGAAACCUAGAUGGUAAUAACGUGACGGUUUGGUUAGGCUCCCCAUCAAAAAACACAGUCGCAGUACUUUCCCGCUAUACCAAGACUGGAGCAGCGAACAACACGCAGCUUAAAUACAUUCCACAGCACACAAAGGGAUGUUUCUAUAUUCGCCAAGAGCCAAUCACUAAACAGUCUUCAAGAAACAAGACUCGAUGUCCUGAUGGCCAGGAUUGCGUUGUAGUCAUAAACAAGAAUAAAAUUGUCACUACCCGUUCCAAUAUUUGUUGGAUAGUUAUCAACAAACUAAGGCCAACGCUGUUCAUCUUAGGAUCCAUUGCUAUGGUAUUGAAUAUAACAGUUCUUGGAACGGUAUUGAGGGUUGGAAGUCUUCGAAAGAGUCCACCGUUUUUGUUGGUAUCGCAUUUGGGUUUCUGUGACACUUUGGUGGGAAUAUACUCAAUGGGAAUUGCACUUGGCCACGGAUUCAGUUUUAAAGAGUUCAACGACUGGAAAGAAAUCUACUGCCCUGCACUAAGGAGCAUAUUUAUCUUUGCAGAAGUCACUGGAAGUCUAACAACUCUAUUAAUGACGGCCGAACGAUAUCUGGCCAUCGUCUUCUGCAUGAAACCAGCCGCACGGCUUGGUCACAAAGUUAUUGCAGCUGCCUUGGCCUUUGCUUGGAUCGCGGGUGCAUCAUCGGCGACAGUAGUACAAAUGUUAGACAAAAGGAACAAUCAAACGGAUGGUCAAAUGUGCUUAAUCACCAGAAAUACGUUCAAAACAUCUACCAUUUAUGCGAGUGAACUCAUUCUCCUUGUUCUGGUGUUCUUAUAUUUUGUCGUUGUUGUGUUAUACUUCCACAUUUUCAUCGUUGUACGCCGAUCUGCUCGCAACAUGGGCGUGCUUCGAGAAUCCAGACUCGCGAAACGAAUUAGUGCCAUUGUUCUAAGCAGUUUCUUCUUUUUCGCGGCCCCUAACUGUACCACGGUCUCGUUUAUUUUUCGUGGAGGAAACGUCUUUGAGGACGCCAGGUUGAAUAAAACAAUCAUUUGGUGGUUGCCGCCAGUUUGUUUGGUCGUUAACGCUUGUCUCGAUCCCUGCUUAUUCGCAUUUAGAAAUGAAAAGUUUUUCAGAGCUCUUACGAAAGUAGCCUGCAGUCAUCCAUUUGGUAGACUUUUAACGAAAAAUCUUCCCGCAAGGAAAGAUCCCCACACGGCUUAUAACAGUGCGCUUAAUUUGACAGCUCAUUCAAGAUCAGACCUAUCAAGCAGCAUUGAACUAACCUCGUUUAGUACCACUGACAUAUCGAAAGCAUAG